GGGCGGCCCGGCGCGGGAGCACCGCGGGGAGGACCGGCUGAAGUAGCGCGGGGGCGGCGGCCCAGCGCCCCGAAGUUUGCCGCGCCCGCUCGGGCGGCCGAGGUUUGUUUUCUUGAAAAGGCUCCAGGCUUCGGCUUGGAAAAACCAACCGCCAAAAUUGAGCCCAGCAGCUGGAGCGGCAGCGAGAGCCCUGCCGAAAACAUGGAAAGGAUGAGCGACUCGGCAGAUAAGCCGAUUGACAAUGAUGCAGAGGGGGUCUGGAGUCCUGACAUCGAGCAGAGUUUCCAGGAGGCCCUGGCUAUCUACCCGCCCUGUGGGAGGAGGAAAAUCAUCUUAUCAGACGAAGGCAAAAUGUAUGGUAGAAAUGAAUUGAUAGCCAGAUACAUCAAACUCAGGACAGGGAAGACAAGGACCAGGAAGCAGGUGUCUAGUCAUAUACAGGUCUUAGCAAGAAAGAAAGUUCGAGAAAUUCAAGCCGCCAUUAAGGUGUCUAGUCACAUUCAGGUUCUUGCCAGAAGGAAAUCUCGUGAUUUUCAUUCCAAGCUAAAGGUAACAAGCAUGGAUCAGACUGCCAAGGACAAGGCCUUGCAGCACAUGGCUGCCAUGUCAUCAGCCCAGAUCGUCUCAGCUACUGCCAUCCACAACAAGCUGGGGCUGCCUGGAAUUCCACGCCCCACCUUCCCAGGGGCACCGGGGUUCUGGCCUGGAAUGAUACAGACAGGACAGCCAGGAUCCUCACAAGACGUCAAGCCCUUUGUGCAGCAGGCCUACCCCAUCCAGCCAGCAGUCACAGCCCCCAUUCCAGGGUUUGAGCCUACGUCAGCCCCAGCUCCCUCGGUCCCUGCCUGGCAGGGCCGUUCCAUCGGCACAACCAAGCUUCGCCUGGUGGAAUUUUCAGCCUUCCUUGAACAGCAGCGAGACCCAGACUCGUACAACAAACACCUCUUCGUGCACAUUGGGCAUGCCAACCAUUCUUACAGUGACCCAUUGCUCGAAUCCGUGGACAUUCGUCAGAUAUAUGACAAAUUUCCCGAAAAGAAAGGUGGCUUGAAGGAACUGUUUGGAAAGGGCCCUCAAAAUGCCUUCUUCCUCGUAAAGUUCUGGGCGGACCUAAACUGCAAUAUCCAAGAUGAUGCCGGGGCCUUUUAUGGUGUGAGCAGUCAGUACGAGAGUUCUGAAAACAUGACGGUUACCUGUUCUACCAAAGUGUGUUCCUUUGGGAAACAAGUAGUAGAAAAAGUAGAGACGGAGUAUGCCAGGUUCGAGAACGGCCGAUUCGUAUACCGAAUAAACCGCUCGCCAAUGUGUGAAUAUAUGAUCAACUUCAUUCAUAAACUCAAACACUUACCAGAGAAAUAUAUGAUGAACAGUGUUUUGGAAAACUUCACCAUUUUAUUGGUGGUAACAAACAGGGAUACGCAAGAAACUCUCCUCUGCAUGGCCUGUGUAUUUGAAGUAUCAAAUAGUGAACACGGAGCACAGCAUCAUAUCUACAGGCUUGUGAAGGACUGAACCUGGUUAUUUAUAUAUAUAGAUAUCUGUAUAUACACACAUAUGUGCACACACACUCUCCAUUAUCAACGACUGACUGUAAACCUCACCACGCAGGGUGCUGCCCUGGCCCUCUGGGCACACCCUGACUUUUCUAAAUCCUGUUUGAGUGAACUUAUUAUUAUUUUUUUUUCAUGUGUUCAUGCUAUCAUUGUAGCUGUGAAGUUGUGAUGCAGUUUUUUUGUGUAUUCCUCAGAUCUGCAACCCACAAUUCCUUGGGGACGGUGAAUCUUACCAGCCUAAGCUAAGCCUCUCUCUCUGCAGACCUGUUUCCUGUUGUGGUAGAAAGCGCUGAGACAGAGGAUUGGCCACAGGGCAUUGACUGCCCUUAUACAAUGUAUUUAGUUUUUUUUUUUGUUUUGUUUUGUUUUUUUGUUUUUCCAACAUGAAAUUCUUGUUUUAAGAUACAAGUAAAAUUAAUCUUUAAAUAUAAAUGUAAAUUAGUACAGGAAAACUAAGAUUCUUUAGACUUAUCUUUGUAACUAAUUAGGGUGGAAGUUAUGGAAGAAUGUAAUUCACUAAAUUAUUUUUUAAAUGAAAUCUUUCUUUCUUUUUAAAACCAAAUGUUAAACUAUAGCCUUACGAAAUACUUGGUAGAAGUAUCCUAAUGAGACAAAUUUGUACCUUUCCCCCCUCAAGGUUGAAACUAAUACCUAAUUCAUUAAACUCUUGAAACAGGUGUUACAAAGGAGGAAAAUGUCACCCCUUAUCCUUAACAUAUAUAGUAUAUUUAAAAAUGUAAAAUUGUAUUGUACUAAUGUGAUAAUUGAUUAUUUAAUGAAAAAGAAAAGAUGGCUCUUUUUGCAAUAAGUAGAUAAUACUGAAACAAAUCUAAGCUUACAAUGUUAGAGUCUUGUGUGUGCAGUUACAUUUUAUAUGGCCAAUCGGAUUUUUUAUGGAGACUGGUUCACAUUCGAACCACUGAAAUUUAACAACAAAUUUAAAAAUUGGCAUGAAUACUGCACUGUGAGUUGCAAAGGAUGCAGAAUCCUGUGGCUGGAAGAAAAUUGUCAUCAAGCGAACAAGCAGAAGGCUCAUCAGGCUUGGUGUCUCUGCUCCCCCGUCACUGUCACAAGCCUCCUCACCAGCCUGUGGAUAGGCUGUGGCUUGUAACCCAGUUGCAUAGACAGCAUCGGUGACUGUAGCUCUGUGUUCAGGCACAUUCAGCUAUUGGAACUCCUGUUUCUUGUCAGUUUGCUAGUUGCUCAUCGUCUCUCUCAGUCUGUAUCACAGACAAGGAUAUAUUUUCCCUAAGGGCAUCUCGUCAUAAGCCUCAGUGGCACUUUAUGCUCUCGCUCUCUCUCUCUCUCUCUCUCUUUCUCUCUCUCUCUCUGAGAGAUGUUCUUGCUCCGCCCCCCCCACACACUCAUCUUUUUAGGCAGACCCCCUCAUUCAGGAAGUUUUGUUUCCAAGGGGGGAUUUCAUCUCUCUGAUCUGAAUAUUCCAAAACAUUGCCCAGCAGAGUUGGUCUGAUGCGGCCAGUCUUGGGUUAUUUCCCUAAGUGCUUUCUUACUGGGGAAGCAAGAAAGGUUACUCCUCCACUUCCCAGGGAAGGUAAGAGGAAAAAUAAGAAUAAGAGUUUCUUUAUACAGACAUGGACACACAAGAGUGCACACAUGCACACAAUUGUUAGGACUAUGUGAACACAAUUGAACAUGAUAAACUUUUUAAGUUAAAAAAACAAAGUGUGGCAAUUUUUUUUUCCCCACCAAGGCUGUAAAGUAAAACCCUGCUACGUGCAGGUGACACCCUUCUUGGCCUCAUCUGCCCUGACUGCUUACAUAGUCAGCAUCUUUUGGUCAUCAGGGGGUGGACAUGGCUGACAGGUGGCUCAAAGAACCGCACUGGAUUGACUCUGUCUGCUCCCAGCCACAGCCCUGGUCCCUGGAGGGAGGAGAAUGUACAAGAUUUUGCCCUUUGCAGUGUGCCUCCCUUUCUGUAAGCCAGUGGGCAUGGUUUCUCUUCAGGAGAACUGCCUUGGUUCCUUAUUUCUAAGCCUGCCCUCAAAGAAAUGGCUACCCUGAAUUCCCCCCCCCCCCCCCCGUGUCUGUCCGCAGACCAGGUGUUUAAGGGUGUCUCCUUUGUGUGACAUCCUCCUGUGUGUUAGUCUUCUGGACAACCCUCUGAGGGAUGUUUUUAGCUUUGACGUCCUAUGUCCUUCCUCAAGAGGAACCCUCUCCUGUCCUGAGACCAGGACAAUAUGAAUGGGUACAGAUAAUCUCCUUGGGCCAGGAUAAUCUCUUCAGGCCAGGCCGUCUCAGAAUGUGAUGGGGAAGUAGAGCUCAGCUCAGCCUCUGUACCACCAAGGCUCUGGGACUUCUUUUUCCCAAGUACCAGCUAGACAACAGUGGUUGGAGUGGGAAGGGUAUGACUUAGCAGAGUUGGGGUGCUGUGUCUGCUGCCUUUAGGGGGAGGUUGAAUGACCCUGAGGUACUUUUUGCUCUUAAAACAGCAGUAAAAUUAAAUUAUUUAUUUUUGUUUUGUGCACAUUGCUGUAAGUGUGUGACUAUGUCAGAUCCCCUGGAACUAGAGUUACAGACAGCUGUGAGCUCCUAUAUGGGUGCUGGGAAUUGAACCUGGGUCCUUUGAAAGAGCAGCCAGUGCUCUUAUUUGCUGAGCCAUCUCUCCAGACCCCCAAACCUAGUAAAAUUCUUAAAUUCGUUCUCCACUCCUCUCUCUACCUUCUUAUUUUUUACCCCCUCCCCCCAUAUCUCCAUCCCUCCCAACUUCUAGUUCUUUAUGGUCUUUAAAGAAGAAGAUAACCCACUGUCUUAGUUAGGGUUACUGUUGCUACGAUAGAAACCAUGACAAAAGCAAGUUGGGGAAUAAAUUGGGCUUACAUUUCCACAUCACAGUCCAGCACUGAAGGAAGUCGGGGCAGGAACCAGAGACCAUGAAAGAGUGUUGCUUGCUGGCUUGCUGCUCAUAGCUUGCUCAGCCUGAUGUUUUUUGUUUUUUGUUUUUUUGUUUGUUUGUUUGCCUUAUUUGUUUGGUUUUGGUUUGGGUUUUUUUGGGACAGGGUUUCUCUAUGUAGCCUUGUCCUGGGCUCAAUCUGUAGGCCAGGCUGGCCUCAAACUCACGUUGAACCGCCUGCCUCUGCCUCCCUGAGUGCUGGGAUUACAGGCGUGUGCCACCACGCCCGCCCUCAGCCUGCUUUCUUGUAGAGCUGGAACCAUCAGCCCAGGGAUGACACUGCCCAUGGUGAGCUGUCUCCCUCCCCCAUCACUGAUUAAGAAAAUGCCCUACAGGGUCCCUACAGUGUUUUCUUGUGGAGACAUUUUCUCAGUUGAGGCUCCCUCUUCUCAGAUGACUAUAGCCUGUGUUGACACAAAACUAGCCAGCACACCCAACAUGGCCAGUCUGUGCUGCCCUUACCCUCACGGGUGUGGGGAUACCCAUGGAACAUGGUUGGCCUGCUGGGAACCACACACACUCUUAAACCUUCAACUGGCUUCUCUUCCCCCAGAAGACAUCAACUGUCAUAGCGCUUGGUGCCAGCAUGCUGACCAGCUUGUCCUCACAGCUGCUGUGAGUCUGUGAUGCAGUGUUCCCAUUGUGUCCAGAAGACACUGGUUUGCUCCAUGAACCCCACCCCACCUCCUGCUCUCACAGCCUUUCUGCUCUGUCUGGAGUGCUGAUAGUUAGAAGCUUUGCACAUCUUCCAGAGUUUCCCUCUCUUAAUCAGUGACCCAGUUACCCAGAGUCGCUUUACUUCUCCAGUGAAAGCCUGACGGGGGUUAGGUGCCAUGUUUUCACCUCUAAUCCCAGUCUCUUAAUCCAUCUUGGCUCUUAAACCUUAUGGAUGCCAUUGGUGAGCCCUGCCCUCACCCUACCCAUCCCAGUGCUAUCUUACAGUGACUGUGGGACAGAUCUGCCAGAGACACAAUAGAGACAUCCUCCUUAGCCACUGCAUAGUUUAGAGGCUGUCUUUCCAAUGAAAGCUAUCUAAAGCCAACCCAAAACCAGCUAACUGGAGGCCAGGGACAUUUUGGACCAGUUAAUUGGCCAUCACCCCAUGCGUUGUUAGUGGUUUUUAGAAUUCCUUGCCACUUCUGCAGUUGCCACAGCUCAUCACUCCGGUUGUGCAGCGUUCAGUGUCAGUUUCUCUUACUGGUCAGAUAACCAGGUAGCUGUAAUCACUGAUAACCAGUUUUUCUCUACUCUGUGAAAUCUGUCCUUUGAGUGAGUGCUCUCCCCCCCCCCCCCCCCCCGCCCCAGUUAAGGUCAGGAAGAGGCAAGUGGGUGUUAUUCUUCAGCAGCACCCUUCCUUCUGCUCAGCAUCUUUAUCUGCACAAGCACCGUCUCUUCCCUGCCGCUGCUCUUUCUCUCCUGUCAGGGAAAGCUGGGGGCGGCCAGGCAGCAUCUGUAGCCAUCAGACUCGUAUUUGAAGAGCAUUUCUGAUUUGACCUAUAUCCCUUACUUUCCCAGGGCUUAAAAAGAGAAAAUCCCAUCUCCACCCCCCCCACCCCCAGAUUUGGCCAUUUCUCACAAGCCUCCCUCAGUCUCCUCCUUUCCCUGUUAGGAUGUGUCUCCCCUCUACACUGCUUAUGCUUCUGCUGUCUGCCUUAUGGUCCACGCUCUCUGUUGCAUCUUUUCCUUCUUUAGGAUGGAGCAGGCCUGGGUCUGUUACAGAAUGAGCUCCAUACUCAAACUGAAAGAGGUCCAUUCCCUUCACCUUGAGGGGGUGACAGGGACCUAGUCCAGAGUCUCCCGGCUAGUCAGUCGCAGAACAAGGGUGAGGGCUUCUCUUUCAGCUUCAGCCCCUCCUGGGUGGAAGCCGUCUUUCCUUGGUGCUCUGUAUUUUAAGUGCUCCCUAAGAAUGCAUGGACAGGGUCGGGUCAGAUCCCCAUGUAGCAGAUGGCAAGGCUGAUGGGCCUUUUUGCUCCCUUGGAGGACAGUUCUCCAGCCACAGGCUUUGAGUCAAAUUUCUAUUUGCCACCCAUCCCAGCAACAAAGUUCUGCCCACACAUCAGCCAAAAUAGAACCUUUGGUGUUAAAAUCCCUUAGAGGACUGUGAGAGCCUGGUCUUCAUUAGGCUUCAAUACCAUAGUGGCAUCAGCCAUCGGUUUUAUACAACUCUGGUUAUUGAAGUCGUGUGAUGGUCAGUUUUACAAACCAGGUACCUGUAGUUUGUAUAACUUUGUGUAUGCUCUGAUGUACCACGUCUGUCCUGAGGAAGGGUAGGAUAACUGCGCGUUGGUGUCUUCACCUGUGACAGGAGGAUGUGUGGGCUGCCGGCUUCCGGGUUGAUGUUUCUGUGGCUAAGGCCUGCACGUGUCAUUCCUGAAAAGCCUUAAAUCUUUGAGAGGUCCCAUCGUAGGGUGUCAGUGUGGCAGGCUGCCUGGGAACCGCGAGCCCUUCUGGAAGCUGGAAGCACUUCUCUUACUACUGUUACUUUUCAUAGUUUUCAGUUCACAGCUGCCAAAGCCUCCAGUAAAGCAGUGCCUUAGUAAUACCCUGUAGCCGCCAGCCUUUUUCUCAGCCUGCUCUCGGCAUCCACUUGCUAAUUGGCCCCAUAUCCGAAGCAGGACAAGCCAAAAUCGUUCUCAUUUGUGUUUCAAAAGCCCGUUUUUGAAAUCCAGCUCUAGAGGAAGCUGAUGACUUGGUUUCAAACAACCUAAGGCAGAACCCAAGUCAGUUAGUUGAUCAUGCUCUCACGGACGUAUCCAUACCAAAACUGAAGGCUGCAACUCCGCAGCUUCCCUUGGAGAGCGAAUUAUACUUCUCAUUGAUGCCUUUUUCAAUUCCUGACCAAAUACUUAGCUAUUUGUGAAUCUUCUGCACUCCAGCAUGAAAGUGCCUUUGGCUCGAGAUUCCAGCUUAGAAAGUGCCACCAUAAUAACCGACAAUUUGUAGAGAGACCAAAAAUAUUUCCAGAUCACCAUAAUGCCUUUGGUUAACCGGGAUGAGUAACCAACCGCAGGCCUGUGUUCGUCAGAGCACCGUGUGGUCCCUGCCUGCAGGUGGGGACCCCACCACCACUCACCUACAGCACAGUGCGGCAGCGGGGAAGCCCGCGAACUCUUGUGUCUGUGUGUGCCGACUACCCCGGCGUGUCCAUCAACUCGUCACCCGGCUCUGCAUCCCUGGGAAGGAACUCUCGCACAAGCUCCCGAGUCCCGGCCGGUGGACAGACACCACACGGCUUUGCCUUCUCCCCGUGUCCAUGUCCAGUCUGUGGAGACUCUCGCCCACUGGCACAACCGUGCACAAUUGCCUGCUUUACACAUUUGGUUGUUGGAAGCCUCGCGUCGAGAUGACAGUGCAGAACAAAAAAUUACAAAUGGGUUCAUUAGGGUCAUUACAGUUGAAGUGUCUUUGGGCAGAUUUGCUGGCUCCGGAUAGCUGAGUAUCCGAAUGCGCCGUGAGAGACUUCCAGAGAGCACACCACUUGCAAUUAGGCAUUCUCAAGAAUGUCCUAGUCCUCAGAGAGCCAACUCUUUGAAGUCUGUGUCAGCUUAGAGUAAAACCUUUGUGCAUCUGGGAACCCCAUACGAUAAGGAAAAGAACAGCGGAGGCAAAAGAAGCCAGGAAAGGAAUAGUUAGUUAAUUGUUUUGUUUUAUGUUCUUUUGCUUAUGUGAGUGUAAAGGUAAUGACAGACAGCUUGGGCAGUUAGCCCUGAGACUCUACCACACACGUCCUCUCUGCCCUCCCUGUGCCCAGCGAGUCACCACCCUGGGCUCUGACCCUGCAGAAGUGAUUUCUCUCCACCCCAAGUUGUGAGUAUGUAUAAAAGUCCUGGGGUUUUUGUGUUGUUUUUUGUUUGAUUGUUUCAAGAAAAACAACUGUCAACUGAAAAGGAGACUCCCUCAGCACAGAUUAGAGUUAGCAGUUUGGUGUCUUGAACUCCUCCCUGGCAGGAACAUACCACAACUUGAAGAAAUUAGUCAAAUGUGUGUUUUCUUGUGCCUCCUUCCAGCCGUCUUGUUUGGUGGUAGUUUUCUCUCCUAAACUCCUUGCUUAUAUCUUUAAAAAUGAAGGUUUUGUGUUUAAAAUUUACUGUGUUGCAAAGGGUAGGCCUCACUGAAGUCAUGCACCAUUAACUAAGAUGAGAUAUCUGUAUUUAUUGUUCCCUCCUAAGCCGUGACUUGUUUUCUCUGUGAAUCUGCAUUGGAUCCUUGUGCCCCACACUACAUCAUUUUAGAUAGAAGCCGCAUUUGUGUGUGUGUCCCCCUUGUUCCUGACCACGGGGUCAGGUCCCACUAGACUCCAGCCUUGCCUGACCCUUGUUGGUUUUCACCAUGGACAUUCUGUUUCCCCUCUCUCUAAGAGAGGCGGGCAGAAUCCACACAUCCAUCAUUUUAGAAAACCUAUCUAUGAGUUUUGCUUGAUGUUUUUAUUCUUUGAAUUGUUUUCUGUGAUUAGUUUCAUUGUGUAAACUAGAUUAUGAACUGCACUAAUUUAAAAAAGAAAAAAGGAUGUACGUCUCCUGUCACCUCCUUGAAAGAUCAACUUCUGUAGUCCUUUUUCAGUGGGCUUAUGACUUCAGACAAGGAAAAAAACAGUAAAAACAAAAACAGUACGUGCCUGAAAAAUGACAAAAAAAAAAAAAAAAAACCAACAAACCUUUUUUGUAACAUUUUAAAAACCUGAAAAGCCUUUACUCCUUUGAUACGCUCAAGUUUUAUGUAAAUUGGUUUUUGUCACGUGUGUUCGUUCUUAUUCUAAGCGACUUCAUGGCUUCUCUGUUGUCUCUCGUGUAAAGUGUAUAGGAUGGGCUUGUGGCGUAAGCAUUUCAUCUGGUCAGUGGCUCCUGUGAUACUGUAUUGCUGCUGGGACUGGGCCAGAACCUGCGCCCAGGUGACUGGGUUCCUCUUGGGAGACCAUUGAGAAGCGGGUGGGAUGGCUCAUUCAUGUGUUCUCUUAAGCUGUUGGCAGAACUUUCAAAAGGCAUUUGGCUAAACCUCCCGGCAGUACAGUAUUCUUGUAUUGUUAACGUUUGUGUUUAGGUACUGGUACCUUUUUGUUUAAAAAUGUUCUAAGUGUUGGCUUUAAAGUGAAUUUAUCUUUAGUAUGAUAGUUAUAUGAAAAUUAUAGGGUUUGUGUGCAGAGAAUUUUUUUAUAAAGUGCUUUGUAAAAAAAAAUUGUAUUCUAGCUUUCGCGGUACAUAUGUGUGAUAACUUUAAUAUCCAUGGCAGUUAAGUGCAAUUAUUUCAUCACUCUAAAAAUGCUAUUUUUGUGUCAGUUCCUGCAGGUGUUUUCAUGUCUUUGCAAAGUGACACAUUUUGAUGCCUUCUUGAUAAAGUGGUAGACAUUUUGUAGCUUUCUAGAAACUUUGUAUCCAUACGGUAUCAAUGAAAAAUAAAGAAAAUGAAAGUGUGGGUCACCUUUCUUAUCUGCAAAA